UUUAAUUUUUAAAAAUAGAAAUAACAACACUGUUUUUGAGAAAUGGCAUCAAUAAUUCUAAUAAUAAAGGCCACCUUUAUCAUAGGGAUAGCAAUUAUGGCGUUUGUAGCAGGGAUUUUACCCACAAUUAUCCCUUGGUGCAAAGGAAGUGCUAAUGUACUCGGUAUUGCGAAUGCUUUCAGUGGAGGGGUCUUCUUGGCAAUCGCAUUCCUUCAUAUUAUGCCAGAGGCAACUGAAGAGUUCAGUCAAUUUAUGGAAAAUCAGAGCGAAUCUGAUGGAUAUGUAAGCUGGCUAAAGCAUGGGAAUGAUGAUUCAUUCUUUCCACUACCCUUUGCUCUGACCUUUGUGGGCUACGCUAUUAUAUUGCUCAUUGAUAAAGUAGUUUUUGAUACCCAUUCUUUGGUCAAAGAUCAUGAAUCUGGAGCUUACCAUCAAAGGGAUUCUAGCAAGAAUGUGGAAUUUGAAAUGGAAGAAUAUAAUGAGCUCAACAAAGAAACCAACAACCGGAAAGAUUCCCUUAAAAAUAAAGUUAAUAAUGAAAUUGAUGAAGACGAAGGCCCUCAAAGAAUCCAGACUAAAUUUGUAGCCAAAUUAGAUCAUGCUCUGAAUUGGAGUAACACCUCUCAAAAGAGCGAUUCUUCCCAUCAGAAUGACGAUUUAGAAAAUGGGAUUGCCGGUUUAUUAAUUACCAAGAAAGAAAACUCUCUUUUGCAAAGAGAUCAUAAGCAUAAAAAGAAAAGAUGCGCUUGAAAUCUUGCACCAAUUAUUUUAUGAAUGGCUCUGAGCGUUCACUCUAUCUUUGAAGGGAUUGCAACUGGAUUGAUUAAGGAAGAAAGUGGCCUAUGGACUUUUGUAAUGGCGAUUGGUGCUCAUAAGUGGGCUGCUGCCAUGUCUUUAGGUAUCAGCAUGACUAAAAAUUUUAAGGAUCAGGUCGGAACUAUGAUAAUUGUCCUCACAAUAUUCUCACUCGCAACUCCUAUAGGAGUUCUUUUAGGAAUGAUUGUAGCUACUCAAUCGGCAAUAGUAGAUGUCAUAUUCUCAUCUCUGGCGGCAGGAACUUUUGUUUAUAUAGCUUGCUCAGAAGUGAUAGUAGAGGAAUUUUCGGUACCAAAAUAUCGAUGGGUCAAGAUGUUCUCAUUCCUCAGUGGAGCAACCCUUAUAGUAAUUCUUGGCUUUUUAGAAUAGUCAGGAAUCACAAUCAAAUCGUAUUUAAAUCACUUUGUGACGUGCUCAGUUU